GAACAGUUGGUGAUGGAGGGUGCCCACCUUAACAACAGCACGCAGCCCUUGUUGGUGUUCGAUGAGGUUUGCCCGCUCUCAAUGGGUGGCACCACCUUCCUGAUCAUGGCCUACAGCACCAUGCUGGCUGUGGGCCUGGUGGGAAACAGCUGCCUUGUCCUGGUUAUCCUGCGCCAAAAGGAAAUGCACAAUGUAACUAAUGUCUUCAUUGCCAACCUGUCCUGCUCCGACAUCCUCAUUUGCGUCAUAUGCCUGCCCACCACCAUCAUCUACACACUGAUGGACAGGUGGAUUCUAGGAGUGGCUCUUUGCAAAUUGACUUCGUUCGUCCAGUGUCUGUCCAUUACAGUCUCCGUCUACACCUUGGUGCUAAUCACACUGGAGAGACAUCAGCUCAUCAUCCACCCUACAGGUUGGAAGCCAGUGCUUGGACACUCGUACCUGGCUGUGACUGUCACCUGGAUUAUGGGAUGCUUCACCUCAGUACCCUUCUUUUACUUCACCACCGUGGAGGACUUGACCUUCCACAACUUAAGCUUUCCAACGAAUCCCUCUGAUGCUCACCUGGUCUGCAUGGAAAAGUGGGAAUCAAAUGGGAACCGGUUAGCGUACACCACAUCAAUAUUGGUGUUCCAAUACUGCCUGCCUCUUACACUCAUUAGUGCCUGCUACUUGCGCAUUUUUCUGCGUCUCAAUCACCGAAAAGACAUUAUCGAGAGGACACGGGAUGCACGUCAACGAAAUGCAAAGCACUCCAAGCGGAUCAAUGCCAUGCUAGCCUCCAUUGUAGCCCUGUUCGCUCUCUGCUGGCUGCCGCUGAACGUAUUCAACACCAUUUUCGACUGGAACCACGAGGUUCUCCCGUGGUGCCAUGACGUUGUCUUCUCAGUGUGUCACCUCACAGCGAUGGCUUCCACAUGUGUCAACCCCAUCAUCUACGGCUUUCUCAACAACAACUUUCAGAAGGAGCUGAUGUCGCUGCUGUAUCAGUGCCGGUGCUCAGGGGUUCCUCAGAACUAUGAGAGCUUCCCGCUGUCUACCGUCAGCACCGAUGUGACGAAAGGCUCCGUUCUCAGCACUGGCUCUGACGGCAUCACCGUCUCACCGCAACAGCAAGAGAAAGAUCGUUUGUAA